GUUGCUAGGCGGUAGUGUGUUGUGAGCAGGCGUAGGAGUGGUGGGUGAGUGUGGCUGUGGUCGCGGACAACUGAAGCGGACCAAAAUACGUCAGUGUUCUACCAGCCAAGGCAUCUUUCAAGAACCCCAGCUGAAAAAGUCACCUCGUUACAGACACAAGGAAAGGACAGAAGGAAGGAAGCAAGGAAAGGAAGGAAGGAAGCCAGCAGGGAAGGAAGGAAGGCAAGAGGAAGGACAUGAGAGUAAGAUGAGUGGUACAGGACUGACAGCAGGAUCGAGCGGCGGGUCAGGAGGGUCGGGGCACCGCUUCCAUUACCCCGGUAUCUGUCACGGGUGUAACUUUCCAAACCUGUGUGCUGCACCUCUGUACCGCUGCAGUCAGUGCCAUCUGGUCAUGUACUGCCACCGUGGAUGUCAGGCGAGGGACUGGCCUAAUCAUAAGCUGUUCUGUGAGCUGUACAAGGUGCCAGGCGGCGGUGGGGCACUGCAGAUGGCACUGGUGGCGGCGGCGGGUGCCAGCGACGAGGAGCGACUGCAGCGGCAGCGAGAGUUCCUGGCUGGUCUGCGCGUGACGGCCAGCCUGGCACUGGGGCGGCGCCUGCACCGCCACGAGGAGGAGGCGCUGCUCUUCCCGCGGCUGUGCGAGGUGUGUGGCAUGACGGGGCCGCUGGGGGCAGGGUCCGGCUGCUGCCCGGACUGUUGUGGCGUGUACUACUGCUGCCACGACCACCUUCGGGAGGACCGGGAGCAGCACCGGCAGUGGUGUGAGCUGUACAAGCUGUGCUCCUGCUGCAACCAGCAGGCCAAGAACAGGGAGGCCAUCACACUGCCCACCGCCCUGGACCAGGAGUACCGCCCCCUGGCCCCCACCAUGGAGAAGCACAUCCUCUCCCUGGCCAGCAGGCUGCGGCCCGUGGCUGUCGCUGGGGCCUCAGAGAGCCUCACCUUCCCCCUCACAGCCCUCUACGUGCUGCAGCAGGUGUGGCCAGGCCUGGCCACGGCACCCGUCCUUACCCUGCAUGUGGUGGGGGCGGAGGAUGGCCGGGAGCCCCGUGUGGCCGCCCCCUGGGAGUACUUGAUGCAUCGCCUGCCAGUCCUGGCCCGCCUGCAUGUGUUGCUGGUGGGGCCAGGGCUGGGCGGCCCACAGGGGUGCCACAGGGCCGCUCUGUGCCAGCAGUGCAGGGACAAGGACCGGCAGCUGGUGGUGGAGUGCCGUCGUGCCCUGUACCACAACCUGCCCCAGGCCACUGCGGCAGCCACCCCCCCCACCCUGCGCUUGGCCUUCAACUGUGGCUUCCACGAGUGGGAGGGGGACGAGGGGGACACCUGGCCAGACUCCUUUACCCUCAUGGCCGACGACGCUGCGCCCCUUGCCUUCACCUCCUUCAACCACUCAGAGGCACAGAGGGACCUGGCUGCCCUCAGGAGGGCCAAGCCAGAGGUGCAGGUGUCCCUGGCGCUCCCCAACCCCUACCGCAGCACCCGCCCGCUGCGGGACUGGACACGGGAGGAUGGCGCCCACAUGUACUACACCAACCAGUACCUCACUGUGCUGCAGGCCGGCCAGGCAGGGCAGCGGGCGGCACAGGACACGGGGGAGGAAGGAGAGCAGGAGGAGGCAAGAGAGGAAGGGAAGCAGGGUGAGGCAAGAGAAGGAGGACAGAUGGGAGAGCAGCACACCCUGCCAGACACCACCUAGCACCACUCGUCCUGGUCCCUGCCUGCCACACACCCACAGUACAAACCUGUGUUCACUUCCCACACUCCACCAGUACAAACCCCAGCCUGGCAGGUGUGGCUCAACUCUCCACACCUGCACAACACAGAUGCCCUUCAAAAUACACACACUCUUCAUCAUCAUCAUCAUCAUCAUCAUCAUCAUCAUCAUCAAGUCACUCACCAUCACACACAAACCAGAAUCUCCUUGGGGCAGCACACCUCAGCAUUCCACAUCCAGCAUCUUUCUACCUCUGCCACACUGCCACAUCUCCACCAGUGUUCGUGUUCUCAGCUUCACCAUGUCUUCUGUGUUUCUUCGGUGUUGUGUCUCAUAAUUUGCUAACAGUUUUAACUCCUGUGACAGCCUCUAGCCCCCAACAGCUCAGAUUUCCAAGAGAUCAUAGCACAAGGCCAAUAUUCUGUAAUGCUCUGCUCUCAUUAUGACUGUUUUCCAAGGCCACAGAGAUUAGCCAGGUUCUCAAGAGUGUUUCACCUGUUAAUAAUGUAGAAAUGUUAAUCUGUCACUAGAACUGUAAAAACACCUUGAAAACAUGUGUCACUUCAACUAGACCCUUUGGAAAGUAGUGGAGGUGCAGUGCUGAAGUGUUGCAGACUAUGGCCCUAAAGACUGUGACAGGAGACAAGCACAGUAGUACAUAAGAACAUAAGAAAUAAGGGAAGCUGCAUGAAGCGACCGGGCUUACACGUGGCAGUCCCUGUAUGAAAUAUACCUACCUAUUUCCACCUAUCAUCCCCAUCCAUAAACCCGUCUGAGUAGUAGGGAAUGAUAGCAGUGUUCAGGACUUACGAACUUCACUGUACAAAACCAUUUCAUUCCAUAGCAGUUUGUUUACAUGUACCAGCGUGCCUUAGGGACACGUCAGCUGCCUCAACACAGUACAAGGAGAAGUACAAAGGAAGAAAUUGGUGUUUGAAAAUUAAUGAAUGAGCGAAUGAAUGUAGCAACGAAGGGAGGUACAAAGAGAAGAGAGGCGAUGAUUUUGUCGUCUCGAUGUACAAAGAAAGACGACUUGGUGUUUAUAAAUUGUGAAGAUGAGGGUGGGAGAGGAGAAUGCUUGACUGACUUUUAAGAAUAGACACUUUGAUAGUACAAAGAACAAUGAAAAAAAUAAAGAAAAAAAUGUUUCACUCUGCAUAACAUUUUUGAGAGAGAGAGAGAGAGAGAGAGGUAAGGAAAGACACAGUUAAUUUAAUGCUUUAGUUGUCAGUUUAAUUAGCGCACAAGGAAGGAAAAGCAGAGUUUGUAAGAUUAGAUAAGUUGAUUCAAGUAAUUAUUUGGCUUGUCUUCCAGUUUACACAAUUGAUCAUUCUUUUAAUUUACUAUUGUCAUUAGGAUUACUUUUUUGUUAUGUUUAGGGAGCAGCAAGAGUCUGGAGGAUGAGAUAAACAACAAGGGAUUCAAAGAUUUACCUUGUCUUGUAAUGUUACAGUUCAAGCCAGUCUGUAUUUUGUCAUUUUCAAUUUGCUUUAAUAAUCUUCCUUCAACACCUGCCUUCUCCCUCCCCUGAGACACCCCACCCCUCUCUCUUCAUAGCUCCCUUUCCUCUACACUUACAAGAGCUGUGUGACCACUGGUGUCCGGCUCACUCACCUCUCAACGGAAACUGUGCACAAUUGCCGGAAAAACUGGAGUGUCAAUGAAAAGAUUAAUUGUCGACAGUAUGAAGAGAGGAAAAAGUGAAAAGAAAAAAAGAAGGUGAGAGAAUUAAUUGUCAAAAGUAUAAAGAGAGGGAAAAGAAGAAAUGAGAAAAAAAAAAUUAAAAGCACAAAAAGGGAAAUGUGUAAAUUGAUGGAAAAAAAGUUAAUGAAAAUAUUAACAGAAAAGAGAAGCCAAGAUAAAUGAAAAUAAAAAAAUUACAUAAUGAAAAUAUUGACAGAAAGAAAAGGCAAGAUAAACAGAUGAAAAAAAAGAUAAUGAAAAUAUUGCCAGAAAAGAAAGGGUAAGAUAAACAUGAAAAAGAAAAAAAAAUUAAAGUGGUGCCAGAAAAGAAGAAAAAAGAGAUAAACAAAUGAAGAAAAAAUAAGAAGUGGAAUGAUUAAUUGCCAAGAAUAUAGAGAGAAAGCAAGUGAUAAUAAUAAAUAAUGUGUAAGAAAUAUAAAUUAAUGCAUGAAAAAAAAAAAUGAGAGAGAGAGAGAGAGAGAGUGGGUGACUAA